CGGAUGUUUGUUCAUGCUGUAAUGUGAAACCUCAAAUUUAUAUGCUCAAAUCAGCGUCCUUCCAGGUUCACCAUGUCCACACUCAAAGCUGUAAUUUGGCCUCAAGUGGUUUUAUUUGGGGAUUCCAUCACCCAGUUUUCAUUCCAAGCCAAUGGAUGGGGCUCAGAGAUUGCCAACAAACUUGCCAGGAAGAGUGACGUUAUAAACAGAGGACUGUCAGGUUACAACUCCAGGUGGGCCAAGAUUCUUCUGCCUCGCCUCAUCCCCAUCCAAGACCAAGCAAACCGCAGCAUAGCAGCUGUAACCGUCUUCUUUGGGGCCAAUGACUGUGCUCUUGAAGAUAAGAAUCCCCAGCAGCAUGUCCCUCUGCAGGAAUACUCAGACAACCUGAAGGAGAUUGUCCGACACCUGGCCUCAGCAGGCAUACCCACAGACAAAGUCAUCUUCAUCAGCCCGCCUCCUCUUCACGAGCCAGCCUGGGAGAAGGAGUGUUUGCUGAAAGGAUGUCCUCUGAAUCGUCUCAACUCGGUUGCAGGGCAGUAUGCCCAGGCUUGUGUUCAGGCAGCUGGUCAUUGUGGGGCAGACGUCUUGGACCUCUGGACACUCAUGCAGAAAGAUGGACAGGACUACACUGCCUACCUGUCCGACGGACUGCAUCUCUCAGACAAGGGCAACCAGUUUGUGGCCCAGCACCUGUGGAGGCUGCUGGAGAGCCGUGUGGCCGGCCUGCCCUUCAUCCUGCCCUACUGGGGAGAUGUGGAUGCACAGAACCCAGAGAGCAGCCUGCUGUGACCAGGGAGGAAGCCUCAUUCGCAAAGUUUUUCCUUUUUGAGAUACCACUUGUUCACUGUGCCCAAAUAUACUGAGGAAGUGGAUGUGUCCUUUAGCUGGCAUUCCUUUAUUUCUAAAGCCAGAGUCUUUUUGGCAAGUGGAGCAUUCAAACUGUGGAGGAAAAUGAAAUGAUAAUCCAGUGACCCUGCAGUUCACUGUGAUAAAGGGAUGGUUGAAAUGAUUGGGUGUGAGGAAAAAAAACACAUUGUAGUUGUUCU